AUGGCCAAAGCAAAGGGUUCCAAGGGCAGCAUCCCGCAGAGACAUCUUCAUUCCAGGUUGUCUUAUCUUCACCAGGCGGCUACCUUUCUGGCCACAGCGGACACUCAGAAAUCCUCUGCCCCUAAAAAUGAGGGAGUUACAACCCAUGCAUCUCUUGCUCCCGGGAUAGAUUCUCAGAUUCCCUCCGAAGCAACCCGACUUUUGGCCCAUCUUCGUGGGGUUUCCCGCAAAUCGCAAAUCCGCUUGGGUCCGACAGUCAAACACUCCAUCUGCAAACGCUGCGACACACUCAUGUUGCCUGGGAGAACAAGCAGCGAGAUGAUUGUUAAUUCGAGCAAGAAUGGUCAGAAGCCAUGGGCAGACAUAUUCGAAGUAUACUGUACCCAAUGCGGGUCUGUCAAACGUUUUCCGGUGGGGAUGGCCAAAGGCAAGAGAGAGAACAGCAGACCCAAAGCUUUGGUCAAGGAAGAAGACAGGCGCAGACGAGAUCCAAUCCCAACCACCUAG